AUGGGAACAGAAGGCGUUGCAGCCACAGUCAUCGAGGACCCUGAACCCUCAAUUCCGCCUGGAUUUGGACCUUUCGCUGCCCCGGCAUCAUGGGGAAUCCAAAACGAUGUUAAACCUGCUUAUGCUCAUUCUAGUUCUGUUUUAGCAUUACAGAGCAUCGACGACGAUGUGGAAAUUUUGGAAUAUCUAUCCAGUUCAGUGGAUCGCCAGAGUGACACAGACAACAAUUCCCUAAAGGAGUACUUCGAGGAUGUCCAGAAUGUGCCGAUUGUCAAAAGGUUAUUGCAAGAUGGAAUCUAUCUGGUGCACGUAGGCCUGUUCUUGAUGAGGCUCCUGUUUAGUGUUUACUAUCCUACCGAGGAGGAAUUCCAGGACACCUUAAAAUACAUUGAGAGUAUCCGCCCAACAGCAGAACCAUAUGGGAUAUGCCGUAUUGUUCCACCAGCUUCAUGGAAGCCUCCAUGCCUUCUUAAAGAGAGAAACAUUUGGGAAUGCUCAAAAUUUUCUACUCGGGUACAGAAGGUUGACAAGCUCCAAAAUCGUAAAUCGUCCAAGAAUAGCAGAAGAGGUGGAAUGAUGAAGAAGCGUAGAAAGGUUUCAGAGACUGAAGAAAUCAAUCACAAUCAAAUUGGAAUGCAGCAAAACCAAGAGAGAUUUGGAUUUGAACCAGGACAAGAGUUCACACUACAGAUGUUUCAGAAGUAUGCAGAUGACUUCAGUGAUCAGUAUUUUACGAAAGAUAAAUGCAGAGAUUCACCACCGUCAGUGGAAGAUAUCAAAGGCGAGUAUUGGCGCAUAGUUGAAAGGCCGACAGAAGAGAUAGAGGUAUCAAAAACUUAG